UCAGCAAUCUCCUCCCUCCCUGGUCACUAUACAUCCUGGAGGACUCCUCGCAUUGUCUAUCACUCAGCAGAGGCACACGGUGAGCUCAAGAAGUCCUGACCUGACACCAGCAGAAGAACCAGCAGCAGCAGCAGACUUAGAGAAAUCGGGCAGCAUCCCUUCUCGAUUGGAGCAGAGCACCAUGGCAGGCAGCACUGUCCUUCACUCGGGCUUCCUUCUGACGCUCGCAGGAAUUCUCCUCUUCGCAUGCAGCUCAGCGCAAAGAGUCAGAGUAAGAAGACAGAAUAUGAAGGUUCGCAUCAACGCCACCGAGGACACCAUAGUACUGAAGUUCGUCCGACCCAACCCUGACGUCAAACUUGAAGGUUACAUCUUGGGCUACGGUUCCAGCAUGUUUUCCAAACAGUUCAUUCAACUUCCAGAAAACGGGGAACCCUAUGAGACUGAGAUUGAUGCUGAGCCCAAGUACCUGGUAGCUGUUCAGCCCAUCCCAACCAACGAUGUGAAGAAGCACUGCACAGGUAAGGUGAACCUGGACAAACCUCUUCACCUGGUGAUCGAUUCUGUCACGCCGACAUCCGUGCUUCUGUCCUGGGGAACCUACUUGAAGACACCCUACGAGGGAAACAUCAUGAACGACUGCUUGGAGGAUGGGCAUUACACCAUCCGCUAUAGAGAAAGAAACAGGAAGUGGAUUUACCAGACCUGCCCCACCUCUGAUACUGUGAUCGACAACCUCAAGCCCAACACAAACUACGAAUUUGGUGUCCGAUCCAACAAGGACGACCGUAGUGGAAUGUGGAGCAAGCCAGUGAUCCACAACACCAACAUGGGAGACAAAAACAUGCAGAUGAACUACAAGCCCAGCCGUCCCCUUGCCAAGACUUUGGCUGGACCCCACACCAGUCUGUUCCCACCUAGAAUUGUUCUCAACAACAUAAGCCAGCCAGGACAGCCCAAAAACACAGGCGUUAAUGGAGGUCCCAGAACAUCUUUUGCGCCACCAAUGGGCCAGCAAGGAACUGUGGCUGCUCCAAGAGCCAAUGAGCCAAAAUGGCCUCAGCUCCCAUUGGAUUCAGACAGCCAUGUUAGAAAUGAUUCCUCUCAACUGGUGGAGAUCCCUCCCGUCCUUCCCCAACUCCUAUCCACUAAACCCUCCCGUCCUUCGGUCACCCCUACCCCCUAUUCCGUACCCAGCAGUACCCGGACACCCCCACACGGACACUCCCAAACCAGUGCACCUAGUGCCACUCAGAUGCCACAUAGUUCCUCUGGUAAGAACAUCCGGAAAGAAUCCAUCUCUUCUCCACCCAAACCCGUUGAUUCAGUCUUAACAGUGACCUCCAGGAACGAGACAUCCCUGGGCAGAUACCAUUUCUCUCUCUCUAAUGGCAUGAGACCUUCUUCCCCCAGGCUUGGUGACUCCUCCAGAAGAUAUGGGGCUAACGGUGAGCACCAUAAGGGACUUUCUCUCCCCAAACCAGUCGUGUGGUCCAGAACAAGAAUGGGUUCUCCAGCUGCACGCCUUCCUAUUCCAGCAAAAAAGCCUAAUCUUGUUGGCAAACCUGGAGGAUUAGCAGACAAGAUGACAGGCCUGAAUCAGGACAAAGCUUCCAUCUUGAAACCCAAGCUCCCACCUGUUACAGCAAAACCAUCCAAACCAAAAACAACAUCUUCUCCUGCAGUGACAGCACCCCGAUUUGAAACAUGGGAGAACUCCUCAGUAUUCAGCUCUGUUCCUGCUUCUAAAGUUGAUGCCAUGGGAAAAGAACGUUACAUCGCUCCACAUGUGGUCUAUAAGACGGAUAAGAAGCCAGAUGAACCCUGCUCCAUCACCACCUCUCUGAGUUACUUCCCUGAGGAGGAGGCUGGAGAACAAAAUGUCACCAACCCUCCAAGAACAGCCCCGUCCAACCUCACUGUUGUAACCGUGGAAGGAUGCCCCUCAUUCAUUAUUCUUGAUUGGGAGAAAACAGAUAAUGAGACAACAGAAUAUGAGGUUAUCUCAACUACUAAAGGUCCUGAUGGUGAACAGGUUUCCAUUCUGACCACCAACCAGACUCAUACAGCUGUGGAGAACCUCAAACCAGAGAGCAGUUAUGAAUUCAAGGUGAAGCCCAAGAAUGAACUCGGCGAAGGGCCGCCCAGCGAACCAGUGACCUUCAAUACAGAGUCUGCGGAUCCGCGAGUGAGCGAGAACGUCUCAGGUAAAGAUGCCAUUUGGACCCAGUUCCCAUUCAAAACCGACUCCUAUUCCGAGUGCAAUGGGAAGCAGUAUGUCAAGAGGACGUGGUACCGCAAAUUUGUUGGCAUCCAACUCUGCAACUCCCUACGGUACAAGAUCUACCUGAGCGACUCCCUCAAUGGUAAAUUCUACAAUAUUGGAGACCAGACGGGUCAUGGUGAAGACCAUUGCCAGUUUGUGGACUCAUUCCUUGAUGGCAGAACGGGUACUCAGCUUCCUGCAGACCAGCUACCAACCAGGCCAGGUUUCUACAGAGCAAUGAGACAAGAGCCAGUCCACUUCGGCCAGAUAGGUGGAAACUCCCAUAUCACCUACGUCGCAUGGUACGAAUGCGGUACGCCAAUCCCAGGGAAAUGGUAGGACCGGAGUGAGCGUCUGCAAGGAACCCUAAAGAGUAGCUCUCAUUGGUUGGGGUUGGUGCGUGCUAAGGUCACAUGACAGGCUUUUUUUCUGUUUUCUCCCCACCAAUGACGGUGAGUUUGGUCACUCCUCAGCCUACGUCACCAAAGUUCGUACCAUGUAUAAUAGUGUACAGGUUUAAAGAGUCAGGGAAUACUUUUGAGUGCAUUUGUGACAUGUAAUAGCAAAACAGUGCCUCAUCUUGUUAUUUAUCAUACAGUAACUAAAAGUUUUUUUUUAAAAAAGAAUAAAAAAAUAGCUCAUUAUGAGGAAAAACACUUCGGAUAUGUUGAAGUGAUGAACAUAAGAAAAAGCAAGGUAAGAAUACUUGUUUAAAUAUUGGGAAGCUGGCUCCCUGAAACUAUUUUGAUAUUUUGUGUAAUAUUAUUUAUCGAAGUUUGUGGUUUCUUCACUGGCUUUCUUCCAGUGAGAAAGAUCCAGGCUUUUAUUAAGCGCUUUAAAGACAGCCUGGGCUUUUGUCUACCACCAGAGGCAGCUGUAUUAGUUUAGCUCUCUGAUAUGUCAGAUGAUAUGUAUAGCUGGGACUCUUUGCUACGUUGCUUUUACGAACACAUUGUACUGGCUCGACAAGUCAGGAUACCCACACUAGAAUAGAAACAACGGACUCAAGACGACGACACGUCUAUGUUUACAACGGGUUGGGAUGAACAUAAUCAUUUCCUUCACACGCGCACACAUCUACACACGUACACAUGCAAAUUAACAUUCACUCAGACGCUUUGUACCAUGGCUGUAGUCUUCCAAUGUAAGUCCUGGUAUAUUUGAUGGUUCUAGAUCGUAAGGACGACCUUACGCUUGCAAUUUGCACAGCACAAAUAUAUUUAUAUGUAUAUGGAGAGAGUAUUUUUUCAGGAAACCUUUGAGAGAAUUAAAACGAACCCUUCCCCUCAAGCUUGUGAAACAGGAUACAAGUUUAAAUAAAAACACUUUUUAUGUUUUCAAGAACUUUCAAGGAGUCUUGAAGAUCGUAAUACUUGUAGAGCUUGUCCGGGUCCCAUAUUUUGUACAGUUUUGUCCCUGCCAAGCCCUUGGCAGAGUUUCUCUGGCUUAUCCGUAUUUUCAUGGAAUUUGUUUGUAAGAUGAAACUGUUGUUUGUUGUUGUUCUGGAUUUGUUUUCUUCUGUAUGUAUUUUACAAUAAUAAAAAACAGAAGUUUUGUUUCUUUUUUAA